ACGUCGCCACCUGAUCAUCCUUCCCAACCUCCACUCCCAGACUUCAUCAACACUGCUCACACACCAGCACUUCAUCUUCGGCACGCCAUUUAUCCCAUCAUUUCGUACCGUCUGGGCUGUGAGUCGAGAGUCAGUCAGCAUAUAGAGAAGGUGAAUCUAAGCGGAAUCCUCGCAAUGACAGGACAUCACUGGGGAUACGGAGAGCAGGAUGGUCCAGAUGCAUGGCACAAAGACUACCCCAUCGCCCAGGGCAAUCGCCAGUCUCCCAUAGACAUAGUUCCUGAGGACACUGUAUACGACGCCAGCCUGCCUCCCAUAUUCGUCUCCUACGACCACUGCAACUCAAUCAACAUCUGCAACAACGGCCACUCUGUGACCGUAGAGUUUGAUGACACCGAUGACAAAACAGUGAUCAGGGCAGGCCCCCUUGACAACGCCUACCGGCUGAAACAGUUCCACUUCCACUGGGGCGGMAAGGGCAGCCACGGCUCAGAGCACACKGUCGGAGGGAAGACCUACGCUUCAGAGCUUCAUCUGGUGCACUGGAACGCAGACAAGUACAAGACAUUUGGGGAGGCAGCGGCAGCCCCCGAUGGCCUGGCUGUCCUUGGCAUCUUUUUAGAGAUCGGAGAUGAACACAGAGGUUUACACAAGAUAACAGAUGCUUUAUACAUGGUGAAGUUUAAGGGAAGCGUUGCAGAUUUCAAAGGUUUCAAUCCAAAGUGCCUCCUACCUAACAGCCUACACUUCUGGACAUACCCGGGUUCCCUGACCACGCCCCCUCUUCACGAGAGUGUCACCUGGAUCGUUCUGAAGGAGCCAAUCAUAGUCUCAGAGAAACAGAUGGGGAAGUUCAGGAUGCUGCUCUUCAGCGGAGAGGAGGAAGAGGGCAGGAAACGCAUGGAGAACAACUUCCGACCCCCUCAACCCCUGAAAGGCCGGAAGGUGCUAGCAUCCUUUGACUAACUUGACUGCAAAUAACCUCCAGGUGGCAUAGCCUAACAUAUGGUCUAUUAUAUGUCAGAGUGAAUGUCUGAAUAGAGUUUCUUCUCAACCUUGAGUAGUUUUACUACUGAUGAUGAAUAUAGAACAAGGGGUAUGAAACAUCACAUCUCCCUCUACUGGUCAAUUACUUUCAACCGCACUUUAAUUGAAUGUCAGAUGCUGAUAUCGACGUUUGAAACCGUCAUAAUGACUACUAUGUGCCCUCUGCACAGUUCUCUAUUUUUAAAUAUAGUAGUGAUCUGUAACAUUUUUCUGAAGUGAAAGAUAUUGCUCACAUAGCCAUCCAGACAUUGCCUUGACAGAAAACAGCGUAAUGUAUGUAACUCUGUAGGGAUUUAUUUUUAUUUUUAUCUGAUUGUACCUUUUURAAACAAAAGUCAAUGUGGCCUCAUGGGUGUAGUGAAAAGCGUUUAAGUCAACGAACAGUCCCCCUCCACCCCAAACGUACACACAKCAUUUUCUGUCCACCCAGUGAAUUGUUGUUGUUUCACCUGCUAUUGUUUCUAUGCAAGGUGCUAUAUCUUCUUCCCAAGGGUUUAGCCACACCUUAUCUACCAAUCGAAGAUGAUGCCAGUGCUCUGUAACAUGUUGUCUGAAUCCUGACGGCCUCUUGGUGGUAAUCUAUGUUGAUCCAUAUUUAGAUGGGCUAUUGCAGCCGGAUCCACAUCGUCCUACUGUAGUUGCCAUGGAUCCUUUAACCCAACACUCACAACUGGAGGUGGAAUUGGAUUAGCGAGCGGCGGCCAAAUUUCAGUUGCUCAACUGUAAAUUAAGAGUUUACUCCGUACUUUCCCUGUGCCCUGACAGCCCAGUGAUUUGAAAGCUGUACAUCAGCUUUAAAGAUGCCAAGCAUGCGCUGAAUAGAGUAUUGAGUUCAUGUUGGGUCAAAACAGUUCCACUUUCGAGAAAUGAAGGAGAGGGRGUACACAUACAGUACAUUCUGUAUGGAAAUGAGUCACUUCUGUAAUGGGUGUAUGUCCAUGUCUUUGUGUGCUGCUCAUUUCUCCUGUGCCACAGAACAGCCUCCUCCCUACAGUCGGUUCCUACACUACUGUAUGGUACGUUGUUGCAGGCAGGGUGACGCUCCAGUUCUUUUACGAUAAUGGAAGGUCUCAGUAAGUGAAGGUCAUAAUGAUUAAUAGAGCCCCACUGUAGCGACAGUUGUAAGAGAGAUUGCUCCUCGGUACACUAUGUAAUUCCUAAUGAAAGUCUGCCAGGCCUCUGUGUGUUUUGAGUAGUUUUACAUAAUUCUGUUCAUAGAUAGAGGUGGACCUUACCCAUAUAGACAAACUGGUAGGGGGACACUCCUCUGCCUAGUUCCACCCAUGGGAAUUAAGGCUUGGAACUGGCACUUGAACUAUCUAUUUCAAACAAUUGAUAUUCUACAAUAUCAGGAACAUUAUCUAUUCAAUAUUUAGUAUGUGAAUCAUUUUGCAUGAACUGGUGACAAUUUAAUUGACUUGUUUGUUUUGUAAAUUGUAGUUCUUCAAUAAUAUUAGAUUGAUUCAGUACUGUUUCAGAAACAAAAGAUGAGAUUAAAGGAAAUCUAUCAAACUUUUUGUUGCCAUUAAUAGGCUUGUGUGGAGUAUACAGAUGACCUUUUAAAAGUAUGUUUAUGACUAGUUCAAGUGUGGGUCCCAGAAUUAGUUCACAAUCACAAUGGUGACUGCUGCAGUCUCUAAACAUGAGUCACUGCUGCCCCUGUGUAGUCUAACAGAGAGCAGAGAAGUAAGCAUUUGGAAACAGUUCCUAAUGAGCCCCAUGCAAGUACAAAAUGCAUUACAGUGGAUUACUUUUAAACCCAACAUGUAUAGUUUUUGCUGUCCAUUCCUGACUCAUCAGAAACAUUUCAAUCAGUCCACUGAAAUCAGUAAACACAACAGUUUACAUGAUCACUGAUU